UUCUGUGUGAGAGAGCAGAGCGGACUACGGCAACAUCUCUUCUUCUUACAGAGGAAAUACACACCGACUCAUUCUCACAGCUACGGAGCAGUUACACCUUAUCAGUACUCUACCGAAUUACCAGGACAUCUUCUACCCAAGGAGACUAGAAUAAAUAAAGGAAAAACACAUUAAAACAUUAUUACCUAUCGGUUAAAUUAGAGGAGCCGAUAUACCGAUAUCCCAGCAACACGAAAGACAGACUUGGCUCGUCCACCAGGAUAACAUACCGGAGCUUUCGGGAGCACGAGGAAAGGGAGAGGGAUAAAGGAGGAGAAGACAGGAUGAUUCUCAAGCAUCAUUUGGUUCUGACGCUGUGCGCCGUCUACGGGAUACUGCUAAAAGUGACGGCACAGAAAAGCACAUUGAGAGGGUCAUCAGGGCAGCAACCCUUGGUCCAGAAUCAGACAGUAACAGAGGGGGGGACAGCCAACAUGACUUGCAGGGUAGAGUACAACGACCAAACCUCCCUCCAGUGGUCUAACCCUGCACAGCAGACACUGUUCUUCGGAGACAAGAAAGCUUUGAGAGAUAACCGUAUCGAGCUGGUCCGAGCGUCGUGGUCGGAGCUGACCAUUAGUAUCAGUGAGGUGACACUGGCUGACGAGGGGAUGUACACCUGUUCUCUAUUCACCAUGCCUGUGAAGACCGCCAAGGCCUACCUUACUGUACUGGGGGUGCCAGAGAUGCCAGAGAUAGACGGUCUGACAAAGCCUGCCCUGGAGGGAGAUGAGAUCACUCUGACCUGCAUGACCCAUGGCUCCAAGCCUGCUGCUGACCUCCGCUGGUUCAGGAACGAGAAGGAGAUCAAAGGUGCCAAGGAGGUAAAUGCCAGUGGAAAGACCUUCACAGUGACCAGUUCUCUACAGCUGCUAGUAGACCGGGACGAUGAUGGGGCAGCGUACACCUGUAAAGUAGACCAUGUCGCCCUGUUACAGACACCACAACAGACUACUGAAGUAUUGGAGGUGCACUAUGCUCCUCGUGUGGCGAUCACCAAUUCGUUGAUGUUCCCUCAGGAGGGUCAAUACCUGAAGCUGGAGUGUGUAUCCAAAGGAAACCCAUCGCCAGACCCUGUGAUGUGGACUAAGGAUGGAGGAGAACUUCCAGAUUUGGAGCGGAUGAUUGUAGAGGGAAGAGAACUCACCUUCACCACCUUGAACAAAACAGACAACGGAACGUACCGCUGUGAAGCCUCCAACCACCUGGGCACCAGCAGUGCUGAAUACCUGCUCUAUGUCUACGACGUCCCCAGCACCCUCCAUCCAUCCACCACCCCACCUCCCCGCCCCACCCCACCAGACACCACCGCCCCCUUAGACCCCCACCUGGCCUCCUCAGACCCUCCAAACACCAACAACAGAGACCCCAACGCCAUGGGGCAGCAUGGUCCAGACCAUGCUCUGAUUGGAGGAGUGGUGGCGGUGGUGGUCUUCGUCACCUUGUGUCUCAUCAUCGUUCUGGGCCGCUACCUGGCCAGGCAUAAAGGAACGUACCUGACCAACGAGGCCAAAGGAGCGGACGACGCGCCUGAUGCUGAUACAGCUAUCAUCAACGCAGAGGGCAACACACAUGCUGAGGAGAAGAAGGAGUACUUUAUCUAGACUGUAGAGGGCGCUGAUCUGCUGCCCACUCUUUCUCUCUGUCUUUAUGUCUCUAUUCCUCUAUCUCUCCCUCUCAUUCUCUUUAUCUCUUUCUUCCUCCCUUUCUAUACUUUAUUUAGACUACAGAGGGAGAUAUGCUGCCCCCUCUUUCUCUCCCUUUUUCUCUCUCUCUCUUUCCAUUUUCUCCUUCUGUCCCUCUCUCUCCACUGCCCCUGCUGCGUCACUAAGGAAACCCUGUGGAAAAAUUCCACCUUCUCCCCUCAUCCCUUCUUCCCUGCUGGCCUUUCUGUUCUCUUUUUUUAAUCAUUUCAUUCCGACCCUUCACUUCUUCUAAACUUUUUUAUUUAUUUUUUAACCGCCCUAGUUUCUGACGCCGGCCUUCGUUUUUAAAGGCAGCGCCCUCUACUGGCUGUCUGGAGAUGUUGCCUUUUAUUUUGUUUUGUUUUUUCUUUCAAUUUUACAUAUUUUAUGUGAAAUAAACCCCUGAGAAUCUGCAUAUCCACCGACACCGAGAUCACUUCAGACUCCUUAUUAAACGCCUCAACACCUCCUCACACACACCCUGUUGCCACACACACACACACUCACACACACACACACACCCAUUCCCUGUGUGUAAACACACACCCUCACGUUUACACGGUGCCUCAAAUAUGCCGCCUUCAUUCACACUGUCAGCAAUGCUGUUGUUUAACUGCUUUGUACCAUUCAUUUACAUUGAUGCUACAAAUACUCUGUUUUAUUUCCGCUGUCGUAUCACAGCUCCUGGGCUUGAACGUUGUUUCAUUCAACAUUUUACGUUUUUUAUUUGUUAUUUAAAUGAAUAUGUGUGCUGGUUACGCCUUAUGUCUUUCAGAUAAAAUUAUACUUUAGAUUAUCUG